AUGCCGCCGCUGGGCACGCCGACUGUCGGAGGGCACGAGCUGAAGACACCGCCGCCGCGUGAGUUCGGCAGCGAAUGCGGCCUCGCCGACGAGGACGACCGCGGCGAGCUCGACCACGGCUCGCGCGCCUCCGUCGUCUCCAGCCUCCGGGACUCCUCCGCCACCCUGACCGACGACUCCGCGGGCCUGCCGACGAGGACGAUCAUCGGGCGCUCGGCGAUGCCCGAGAAGAUCGCCCUCUCCACCAUCGUCCAGUGCCCGCGCGGCGACGACGGCACGGCGCUGAGCCUCGGGGCGGGGCUGCACGCCCUCGGCGAGUGCACCCCGUGCAAGUUCACGCGCUCGAGGCGGGGCUGCAAGGACGGCGUGCUGUGCAGGCUGUGCCACGCCUCGCACGACGAGAUGAGCCGCUCGGGCAUUCGGCGCAGAGCGAGGCGCAACGGUCUGCAGAAGAGGGCCCUCUUCGAGCAUCCUGGGGAGCAGGGUCAGUUCCCAGACAUCCUCGUGAAGAACACUUUCGUGCACGUUUCUCAGGCAUCGGAGCCGCACCUGGCCGGGCUGACCCGCUCCAGGUCCAGCGAGGACCUGCACGCCGUGGCCGCCUGA